CGCGCUCCUCCCCGCGAGCACUAAGGCAAAGUGUAAAAAUGGCGUCCAUCAUGGAAGGGCCGCUGAGCAAAUGGACUAACGUCAUGAAGGGGUGGCAGUACCGCUGGUUCGUACUGGACUAUAACGCCGGGCUGCUGUCAUACUACACUUCCAAGGACAAGAUGAUGCGUGGCUCUAGAAGAGGCUGUGUGCGACUUCGGGGAGCUGUGAUUGGAAUCGAUGACGAGGACGACAGCACUUUCACCAUUACCGUGGACCAGAAGACUUUCCAUUUUCAGGCCCGUGACGCAGACGAGCGGGAGAAGUGGAUUCAUGCCUUAGAAGGGACGAUUCUUCGGCACACCCUUCAGCAGGAGGCAGAGACAGGAUUCGUUCCCAGCGUUCAAGACUUCGACAAGAAGCUAGCUGAAGCUGAUGCGUAUUUGCAGAUUUUGAUCGACCAGUUAAAACUCUUCGAUGAAAAGAUUAAAGACUGCAAGGAAGAUGAGUCGCGCAGAAAAAUUGAGAACCUGAAGGACACAACUUGUAGUAUGGUAGAGUCCAUCAAACACUGUAUCGUACUUCUACAGAUUGCCAAGGAUCAAAGUAACGAACAGCAACACGCAAACGGACUGAUAAGCACCAUAAACCCAGUGGAUGGGGUAUUCCAGCCUGCCCCUCUCAACACAUCUGUAGUUAGUGCCAUGCCAACACAGACCACUCUACCCACAGAUGGAGCUCAGGUGUGUAAAACCGAACAGAGGCCUUCUUCAUUACCCGUGGGCCCCGUUGUCACGGUGAUGGGCAGCCUUCAGACCCCCACUCCCAACAGCACAGGGAGUGGUCCUUCAGCUCCCAGCAGCAGCGUGACUUCGCCCAGUCACAUGACCGUACCACCCCACACUGUCCCUGACUUCUCCUAUUCCAGCAGUGAAGAUGAGUUCUACGACGCUGAUGAGUUUUAUCAGAGCAGCACCUCACCAAAACACUGCAUAGAUCCGAAGAGAUCCGCUGCUGUGAACAGUGACGAUAGCACAGCCCUAAAACGGCCAGACACCAACGAAUCAAUCAACUCCUCCAUGUCGAAUGGCACCACUGAUGCAGAUCAGUUUGACAGUCACGAUGAGAAAGAUGAUGAUGGCGAGGGUGAAUCUGUGGAAGAACACAAAAGUGUCAUCAUGCAUCUGCUGUCUCAAGUGCGCCUGGGCAUGGAUCUCACCAAGGUUGUCUUGCCGACAUUUAUCUUAGAGCGGAGGUCGUUGUUGGAAAUGUAUGCAGAUUUCUUUGCACACCCGGAUUUGUUCGUAAGUAUUGCGGAGCAGCAGGAUCCAAGGGACCGCAUGGUGCAGGUGGUAAAGUGGUACCUCUCAGCCUUUCACGCUGGCCGGAAAGGAUCUGUGGCCAAGAAGCCCUACAACCCCAUUCUGGGUGAGGUGUUCUUCUGUCACUGGGACCUGCCUGAAUCUGAGGAUCCUGCUUCUUCUGAGUCUGUAUCAGAUGGGCCAUUGCCGUGGUGUAGCAAAAACAGUGUGUCAUUUGUGGCAGAGCAGGUUUCUCACCACCCUCCUAUAUCUGCGUUUUACGCUGAGUGUUUCAGCAAAAAAAUCCAGUUCAACGCCCACAUCUGGACCAAAUCGAAGUUCCUUGGAAUGUCUAUUGGUGUCCAUAAUAUUGGUCAAGGUUGUGUGUCUUGUCUUGAAUAUGAUGAGCACUAUAUUCUUACAUUUCCUAAUGGCUAUGGGAGGUCAAUCCUCACGGUUCCAUGGGUUGAGCUGGGUGGAGAGUGCAAUAUUUCCUGUUCCAAAUCUGGCUACAGUGCCAAUAUAGUUUUCCACACCAAACCGUUCUAUGGAGGAAAGAAGCACCGGAUAACUGCUGAGAUAUUUGCUCCCAAUGAUAAGAAGUCAUUUUGCUCCAUAGAGGGAGAGUGGAAUGGUGUGAUGUAUGCGAAAUGGGCUACGGGGGAAAAUGCACUAUUUAUUGAUACAAAGAAAACCGGCAUUGUUAAGAAGAAGGUGCGGAAAUUGGAGGACCAGUUGGAGUAUGAAUCCAGAAGUUUGUGGAAGGACGUGACUACGAACCUGAAACUGAGGGACAUUGAUGCUGCGACGGAAGCCAAACACAGUCUGGAGGAGAAACAGAGGGCGGAGGCCAGAGAAAGGAAGGAGCAGGACAUGCAAUGGGAGACGAGACUGUUUCAUGAGGAUGGUGAAUGCUGGGUCUACGACAAGCCUCUCCUGAAGCGAAUAGCAUCGCAACGACACUGAGGCCGUCUCCGAAAACCACAGAGUCUAGAGAACAGAACUCUCUCGCAAGCCACUUUUCUUAUUCAGCCUUGGAAUGACUAACGAAUGAACCCUUACAGCUUUGCAUUUUCGAUGUUUGAACGAAUGACAAGAAGAAAACCCACUUACUCUAUACAAAUGGAAAAGACCUCCCUGCUCACUAGUUCAACACUUCCAGCUCUCUAUUACAUCUUUGAGGAAGAAAAAACACACACAGAACACGUGAUCAGAAGCCCUUUAGCAUCGCAAAUCAAACAAGCGGCAAAGAACGAUCCCAGCGGACGUGUCUCUCUCUCUCCCACUCCUAAAGGGUUGAGGUGUUUUUAUCGAACAAACUCUGAAAACUACAGCGUUCUGGAUCUCAGGGAUGUAGUGGACUGAGGAUUGAAGGCUGUAUCUUAAUGUUCGAAAAGCCUUAACGUUGGAACCACAAAGUAAACAAAAUGAGAACCUGGUUCACAUACUGCUAGCUACAGCUGUUUAUUUAUAUAUAUUCUUGUUUUCCUUUUAUCUUCUUUCUCUAGGGCAAUAGUAACUUUGAAUAUACAUACAUGACGGCAACCAUUCCCUUUAUGUUCCACUCCAUCACCAUGAGUCUUUUAAGACGAAGCGGUUUCAUGCCCCAAAAUCAACAAUGUGCAAAAUUUACUAUUUACAAGACGGGGCUGAAAUUUAAGAAACUUUGCCAUGGUUGUGUUCCAUUCCGAUUAUGUUUUUUGUUUAGGCGGGGUGAUUUGAUAUGCUCUCUUUUUUUUAUGAUAGCUGUCUGAGUGUCCACAUAACUUAUCAGGAUAGUACAAAGUUGGACUGUCCAGUAGGAAAUCGUAAACGUGCACAAUAAAACGAUUUGACAAAUCUAUUCUUGCUGUGGUCAAGCAACAUUAUCACAAAUUGCCCUGCAAUCUCUCUUUCUGUGAAAUGUAACAUUUUAAUCCAAAUAAAUAUAUACGUUUCAUAGUCA